AUGCGUUUAUUCCAAUUGCAGCAGCCCUUGAGGGCUGCCGCCGGUCUCCUCCGGCCGACGACGACCCCGACCCCGACCCAGCCCGGCGUCGUAGCAGCCGCGAAUGCCCUCGUUGCCGGACGACGAUACGCCUCCGUCAAGUCGCAGGGUGCUUACAAGCUGGCGCCCAAGAGGACGAUACCGAAGAAGUUGGGAGCGAAGCGUACUGGUGACCAGUAUGUCAUUCCCGGCAACAUCCUCUACAAGCAGCGCGGCUCUCUCUGGUGGCCCGGCGAGAACUGCAUCAUGGGCCGUGACCACACCAUUCACGCCAUGGCCUCUGGCUACGUCAAGUACUACCGCGAUCCCGCACGCCACCCUGACCGCAAGUACAUCGGAGUCGUCUUCAACAAGGACGACGUGCUCCCUUACCCACAACACGCCGAGCGCAAGCGCAAGCUCAACAUGUCUGCGCACCCAAUCUCCAAGCCCGUCGAGACCCCCGCCGUCUCGGCGUCCGGCAUCCCGACCCAGAUCAUCCGCCCCGCCCCGCGCACCGCCAAGGGCGCGCCCACGCAGCCCGCCCGCGUCCUCAAGCUGCGCGACGACUACUCGUACCGUGAGGACAACUGGCGUGUCGGAAGACUCGUCAAGCUUCGCAUUGGCGGCAUGAGCCGCAAGGCCAAGAUGAGGCAGAGGAGAUACGCCAAGGAGCGUACUAUUGCCGGACAGAAGGAGGCGGAGGCCAAGUUUGCCGACAUGGAGGUUGACGAGUGGACAAUUGCCGCCAGCAAGAGGCUGCAGGAGCAGAGGAACGCUGCUGCCCGCGCUAAGAAUGUCAAGGCGAAGAACAAGGCGGCCAAGAAGGCUGCAAAGGCCGGCAAGGCGACGAAGCAGAAGCGGUAA